AAAGGGAAAAAAAAAAAAAAUUAAAAUUAGGAAAGUAAAAUUUUUCCUGCAAAUUGCCGAGAAAAUUAUUAAUCAUUUUUUUUUUGUUCUCUCUUUUUCUCAGCAAAUCGUAGAAGAAGAUGACACCGUAACGAAACGAAUCAUCUUCAUAAGUUUCUCAAAUACACCUCUGUUUUUUUUCUUCUUCUUCUUUCUCUUCCAGAUUCAGUUUUUUUUUUUAUCUCUCUUUAGGGAAUGGUUUGUUGUUCGUGGUGAUAAAACUGGAAUCAUGAGAAUAAGAUUUUGAAAGGGAGAAAAAAAAGCAGAUCCGCCGUGUUCGUCUCAGGAGGAGGAUUUAGGGCUCAAGUUUUUGAACGAUAUGUGUUUUUGAUUUCCCCAAAAUUGUCAAUUUAUUUUUGGGGGAAAGAUAAUGUUUAAGCAGUUUCUGAGUAAGCUUCCUCGGAAGUCUUCAAAAUCUGAGUCUGGUGGAGGAGAGCUGAAUCGUUCGAGUUCCGGUCAGGUUCCUUCUCCGGUUCAGAGAUCCGGAGCUGGUAGUGGUGUUGGUUCUGGUCCGGUUCGAUCUAACUCAGGGAAACGUAUGUCAUCUGCUGUGUUCCCAGCUAGUGUUGUUGCUGGGAUUGAGCCUUUGGUACCGUUCAAGGAUGUACCAACCUCGGAGAAAUUGAAUCUCUUUGUGAGUAAAGUUAGUUUAUGCUGUGUGACAUUCGAUUUCUCCGACCCUGGUAAAAACUCUAUUGAGAAAGAUGUGAAAAGGCAGACCUUGUUGGAGCUUCUUGAUUUCGUUGCUUCAGGUUCUGUUAAGUUUACUGAGCCAGCUAUUCUCGCCAUGUGUAGAAUGUGUGCUGUCAAUCUCUUUAGGGUUUUCCCUCCUAAUUACCGGUCUAGUGGCGGUGGUGGUGGCGGCGAGAACGAUGAUGAUGAGCCAAUGUUCGACCCUGCUUGGCCUCAUUUGCAAAUCGUCUAUGAUUUGCUGCUUAAGUUUAUCACUUCACCUUGUCUUGAUGCUAAGUUGGCAAAGAAGUAUCUAGAUCAUGCUUUCAUUGUGAGGUUGCUUGACUUGUUUGAUUCCGAGGAUCCUAGAGAACGGGAGUGUUUGAAGACGAUUCUGCAUCGUGUGUAUGGUAAAUUCAUGGUUCACAGGCCCUUUGUACGCAAGUCCAUGAGCAAUAUAUUCUACCGGUUUGUGUUUGAGACUGAGAAGCAUAGCGGUAUCGCUGAGCUUUUGGAGAUUUUUGGGAGUAUAGUGAGCGGGUUUGCUUUGCCUUUGAAAGAAGAGCACAAGAUCUUCUUGUGGAGAGUGUUGAUACCAUUGCACAAGCCUAAAUCUGUUGGGAACUACUUCCAGCAGCUAUCUUACUGCAUCACUCAGUUCAUAGAUAAGGAGCCUAAAUUGGGUAGUGUUGUGAUAAAGGGUUUGUUGAAGUUCUGGCCUAUCACAAACAGCCAAAAGGAAGUCAUGUUUCUUGGGGAGGUCGAAGAGAUUUUAGAAGCAAUGAGUGUGAUGGAAUUCCAAAAGAUUAUGGUCCCUCUCUUCUUGCGGAUUGCUUGUUGUGUAACCAGUUCCCACUUUCAGGUUUCUGAAAGAGCUUUAUUCUUGUGGAACAAUGAUCAAAUUGUGAACUUGAUUGGACACAACCGGCAAGCCAUCUUACCAAUCAUGUUCACUGCCUUAGAAAAGAAUGCUCAAGACCACUGGAACCAAUCCGUACUAAACUUAACCUUAAACGUAAGAAAAAUGUUCUGUGAAAUGGACGAGGCUCUGUUCAUGUCUUGCCACUCCCGCUUUAAGGAGGACGAAGCAAAGCAAUGUUCUGCAGCGGAAAAAAGGAAACAAGAUUGGGAAAGGCUAGAGAACGCAGCAAGUAUGAAGCCGGUAACAGGAAAGACGGCUGUUCUGGUAACUCCUCGAGCAACCUCCAUUGCCUGCUAAAUAGUGCGCGCUUAUAACCAAUUCGCGGACAGUUUAUCCAAAGAAAAUGAAGCAGCAACAUCAGAAGAAGAUGAUGGAGUGGCUGUCGCUAAAGCUAUGGUCUUUGGUACUUUUCAUCAGGUUGACCGUUGUAAUAUUAUAUAACUUUGAUGUUGUUAGCUGUGUGGGGUUUUAUUGCUAAAUCUCUUGCUUCCUUUUAAAGCAAUGAAACCAUGCUGCAGAUUUUUAUCAAACUCUUUGUAUCAAUCAAUUAAGUUUAUAUAUAUCCUUUCUCUUUCAA